AAAAAAAUGUCUCUACGUGAUUACCCACUCACUGCUCUCUCUUCAUCUCUCGUCAUCUUGGCACAAUCGAAAGCAACUUUCAUGGUCGGAAGGGCAAGAAAAGAAUUUCAUGUUAAACCACCACUCACAGAAGGUCCUCCAGGAUUUUUGAAUGCACUCCGAGUUCAAUUGAAUGGAGUGGAGAAUAUUGCAAGUUUUUUGGGAGCUUUGUGGUUGUGCACUGGAAUGUUGGAGAAUGAUUAUUUGGGAGGAGGAGUUGGAUUACUGUAUGCAAUUGGAAGAGUUUGGUAUGGUUAUGGAUAUCCAGAGAAGAGAUUGCCUGGAUUUAUAUUGUGCCAGAUUUGUACUAAUUCUUGUUUGCUUGCUUGUGUUGGAUUGAGUGUAACGAGAGUUGUGGAAAAGUAUUUGAAAAAAUAAUUACUAAUUUUGGAAAUUGAAAAUCUUUAAAAAUGUAAAAUUAUUUCAUUUUUGUUUUCAUGAUUUGAACAAUUCGAGAAUAAUAAAUUGUUCCUCUUCUACAAA